AAGAUGGUGUGAAUGAUGCGCUUGCACUGGCUGUCCCGUGCCUGCUGCGGCAGACGGUCAUAGUAGGCGACGACCCUGCCGCGCUUCUGACGACAACACUAACAAACCAUGACAGACACACAUUUGGUUCCAUCCAUCCAUCCAUCCAUGUGUGUGUUUGGCGCACUUGGUGUUCUCUCAGUGCGGCGAUGCACAGCUCCUGGAAGAGCUGGCACCGCGACGCCACCACAGAGUCCAAGUCGAAGGGGGCCCGUAUACUCAUAGUUCACCAGGCGCCUCUUGACGCCCACUUGAGGCGCUUCCGGGUGUGCCGCUGUGUGCUCAUUCAGCAGUCCGUAGUGCUCGUUGAGUGCGUCCACGGCUGCGUACACGUCCGCCCUUUUGCUGAGGUACUUGCGCAGACGAGUGAUGGAUACGCUGGUCUGCUUCUGGCCGUGCUUGAUAAUGAGCUCGAUGAGGCCGGUGGCAUCCAGCCCGAAGCCUCCAUUCAACGCCACGGCGACCAGGUGCUCGUCGUACUCGCGGAUAUUGCGGACGUCCUCUGCGGAAGAUGCGGCAGUGGCGGCACGUGCAGCAUGAUGCUGAUGCUGGGAUGAGGCGGACACGCCCAUGGCUGGUCUCCCAUGGCUCAGAUCUCUGGUGCAGGCUGUCUGUAGCUACCCCUCUGGCCCUUCCUGGGCCGCCCCCGCCCCCUCUUGACAGGCACCUCCUCGACCACCACGUGAUCGUCUUGCUCCAUGUCCUCAUCGCUGUCUUGAUAGAGGUCGGGGUCAUCGAGGUCCAGACCCUGCGACUAGCCAUCGCCAUUCUCAUACACCGACUCGCUCUCGCCAUCGUUAGAGUGCAUGUCGGCGUCCGAGCUGGUCUUCCGGCCCCACCGGUCGCCGUCGCGCGGCCCCUGCUUGCGACGGUCGCCCUCUGUCCGCCCCUCCUCCUUUGCUGCCCGGCUUGAACUCG